UAGGCUCGCGAAGCGCAGGAAAGGAUCUGCAAGGCGUGGAACGCAGCUGGUGUUUGCCGGUCUUGGAGAGCCGCAGAGCUUCAGGGACAUGGCAGCGGCCUCGGCAGUGUCGGUGCUGCUGGUGGCGGCGGAGAGGAACCGGUGGCAGCGUGUCCCGAGUCUAUUGUUAACGUCCAGGAAAUGGACAUGGAAGCAAAGAACCAUGAAGUAUGCAACAACCACAGGACGAAACAUCACCAAGGUCCUUAUUGCAAACAGAGGUGAAAUUGCCUGCAGGGUGAUGCGAACAGCCAGGAGAAUGGGAGUACAGUCUGUGGCUGUUUAUAGUGAGGCUGACAGGAAUUCCAUGCAUGUAGACAUGGCAGAUGAAGCAUAUUCCAUUGGCCCAGCUCCCUCACAGCAGAGCUACCUUUCUAUGGAGAAAAUCAUCCAAGUGGCCAGGAUCUCUGCUGCACAGGCUAUCCAUCCAGGGUAUGGCUUCCUUUCAGAAAACAUGGAAUUUGCCGAACUAUGUAAGCAGGAAGGAAUUAUUUUUAUAGGUCCUCCUUCAUCUGCAAUUAGAGACAUGGGGAUAAAGAGCACCUCCAAAUCCAUAAUGGCUGCUGCUGGGGUACCCAUUGUGGAAGGUUAUCACGGUGAGGACCAAUCGGACCAAUGCCUGAAAGAACAUGCUGGAAGGAUUGGUUACCCAGUCAUGAUUAAAGCUGUCCGUGGUGGGGGAGGAAAAGGUAUGAGGAUCGUUAGAUCUGAAAAUGAAUUUCAAGAACAGUUAGAAUCAGCUCGCAGAGAAGCCAAGAAGUCUUUCAAUGAUGAUGCAAUGCUGAUUGAGAAGUUUGUGGAUACACCCAGGCAUGUAGAAGUUCAGGUAUUUGGUGACCACCAUGGCAAUGCUGUGUACUUAUUUGAAAGAGACUGUAGUGUACAGAGGCGACAUCAGAAAAUCAUUGAGGAAGCCCCAGGGCCUGGCAUUAAACCUGAAGUAAGAAAAAAGCUCGGUGAAGCUGCAGUUAAAGCUGCCAAAGCAGUAAACUAUGUUGGGGCAGGAACUGUGGAGUUUAUUAUGGACUCACAGCACAAUUUUUACUUCAUGGAGAUGAAUACGAGACUGCAAGUGGAACAUCCUAUUACUGAGAUGAUCACAGGAACUGACUUGGUGGAGUGGCAGCUUAGGAUUGCAGCCGGAGAGAGGAUUCCUCUGAGCCAGGAUGAAAUAACUUUGCAGGGCCAUGCCUUCGAAGCUCGAAUAUAUGCAGAAGAUCCUGACAAUAACUUCAUGCCAGGGGCUGGACCAUUAGUGCAUCUCUCUACUCCUCCAGCAGACCUUUCCACGAGGAUUGAAACUGGAGUACGGCAAGGAGAUGAAGUUUCAGUGCACUAUGACCCCAUGAUUGCCAAGCUGGUUGUAUGGGCUGCAGACCGCCAGGCAGCCUUGACAAAACUGAGAUACAGCCUCCGGCAGUACCACAUUGUUGGACUGCACACCAAUAUUGACUUCCUGCUCAGCCUGGCUGGCCACCCAGAGUUUGAAGCUGGAAAUGUGCACACUGAUUUCAUCCCUCAACACCGAGAAGCACUGUUGCCUAGCCGGAAGGCCACAGACAAAGAGCUUUUAUGCCAGGCAGCGCUGGGUCUCAUCCUCAAGGAGAAGGCCAUGUCUGAUGCUUUCAGAAUUCAGACACAAGACCAGUACUCUCCAUUUGCAUUCAGCAGUGGAAGAAGACUGAAUAACUGUUAUACCAGAAACAUGACGCUUAGGGAUGGUAAAAACAAUGUAGCCAUAGCUGUAACAUACAAUCGUGAUGGGUCCUACAGCAUGCAGAUUGAAGAUAAAACUUUCCAAGUCCUUGGUGAUCUCUAUAUGGAGGAUAACAGCACUUACCUGAAAUGUUCUGUUAAUGGAGCUGCUAGUAAAACUAAGCUAAUUAUCCUGGAAAACACUAUUUACCUAUUCUCUAUGGAAGGAAGUGUUCAGAUUGACAUUCCAGUCCCCAAAUACUUAACUUUGGCUAGCUCAGAAGGAACGCAGGAAGGUACCUUAGCUCCAAUGACAGGAACCAUUGAAAAGGUGUUUGUAAAAGCUGGAGACAGAGUAAAAGCUGGAGAUUCUCUAAUGGUUAUGAUCGCCAUGAAAAUGGAGCAUACUAUAAAGGCUCCAAAGGAUGGAACAAUUAAGAAAGUGUUCUACCAAGAAGGUUCUCAGGCCAAUCGACAUGCACCUUUAGUCCAGUUUGAGGAGGAGGAGUCUGACAAAAGGGAAGCAAAAUAAACUCCAUCAAAGAAAUGACCAGCUAAACUCUAUCUUAAGUAUAUCUUCCUACCUAGAAGAAAAAGUGCCUUUUGCUUUUCCUGGAGUCUAAUAAACAGCCAUUUUACUAAAUGAUUUAAAUGAUUGUGCCAAAACUUUUCAUAUUUAAGAAUCAUGCACUUGAUCACAAAUACAAUAAACUAUCUGAAAAUCGUUCCUGUUAAUAAAACUGAAUUAUACAUUUUUUAUUAGAAGGUACUAUAAUUUGUUUCUACCUUGAAUUUUAUAUAAUGUAAUAUCUUUAGGAAAGUGGGAAGCAACUUGAUUGAAAGAGAAUGGUUAGAAGAGGAAA